UAUUUUGAGUGGGUGACGCCAGUGGACGAGAGUUUCCGAGUCCACGAGGCAAGAAAAGCCAAACUUCCUGCGCGCCUCGGGGCGGGAGCCGCGUCAUCGCCUCCUCUCCCGUUCACAUUUUCCUCCAGGAUCGUGAUACGUGGCUGUUUGGGAACGCUCGCGGAUCCCUGCCCUCCGCUGCUGCUGGGAGUAUGGACAAACUCUGCAGCGCACGCCUGCAUAUUUCAAUCCGGCCUGGAUGGCAGGGACACACCGGUGCAAAGACUGCCGAAAGCAUUACUGGUUGGAAGUGCUCUUUGGACCGUGGGACGGAUGAAAGGUGGAAGCUGUACUAAGCCCAGCUGGGCUUUAGCUGCUCUGUUUAUCCCAGCUGCCCUGCUGAUGCUGACCUCCAGAGGAGCAUCAAGCAGCCAGAAGAUGACACAAACAGUCAUGGCUCAUGCGACAGCCACAGCUGCAGGACCAGGCCACAGCCUGACAGAUGACCUCCCAGGCCUCCAGGCAGUAGCAGACUUCUUAGCCAGCGAACAAGCGCAUGUCUGGCUCUUGUCACUGGUGGGCUCUGUUGCUGUAGGACUCAGUGGGAUUUUCCCCCUGCUUGUCAUUCCCAUUGAAGCUGGAGCAGCCCUCAAAACAGAAGCUGGAUGUCAGAAGCUAAAGCAGCUCCUGAGUUUUGCUAUUGGUGGUCUCCUUGGAGAUGUUUUCCUUCACCUCCUUCCUGAGGCGUGGGCUCUCUCUGGCAGUUCAGUGGGCAAACAGAACCACUGUGUGACCCAGGGACUGUGGGUGAUUGCUGGCCUGGUGGCCUUCCUCCUUCUGGAGAAAAUGUUUCCCGACCAGGACGUCCACCCAGAUCCCAGAACCCAGAUUUCCAAAUCAGACCUGAAUUUUAACUCUGCUACACACUCAAAUUCAGUUUUCAGUGGAAAGGCAGCAAUAGAAAGAAAUGGGCACCAUGCUGAGUCAUGGAAAUCCUCCAAGCCACAGAGUCUGCAGGAAAGAUCAGAGAAAAUCAAGACAAGCGGAUAUCUGAACCUCCUGGCCAACUGCAUUGACAACUUCACACAUGGACUGGCAGUAGCAGGAAGUUUCCUGGUUAGCAAAAAGGUUGGGUUCCUCACCACCUUUGCUAUACUGCUACAUGAGAUUCCCCAUGAGGUGGGAGACUUUGCCAUUCUGCUGAGGGCCGGCUUUGACAGGUGGAGUGCUGCCCGCAUGCAGCUGUUGACGGCGCUGGUCGGGGUCUUGGGGGCUACCUUCGCCAUGUGCACUCAGUCACCACACGGAGCAGAACACGCCACUUCCUGGAUAUUGCCCUUCACGUCUGGAGGCUUCCUCUACAUUGCUUUGGUGAAUGUGGUUCCCGACCUGCUGGAGGAGUCCAGUUUCAGGCAUUCCCUUCUGCAGAUCCUUCUCAUUUUCUGUGGAGUGGCUGUCAUGGCUCUGCUCUCUGCCAUUGUUGGUUGAAAAGCCCAAUCUCGCCUUACCAGACACUGGAGCUCCGCACAGGAUGUGCUCUGACAACCUAUUCCAGAAAACAUUAUUGUUACGCCUCAAUCAUAUCAUCAGCACCAUCAUGUUACACCAAAGCAAAGUCUCUUACAAAAGAACGGCACUUUAUGGAUGGAUGGCUGAAAGGAAGACGUUCUUGGUCUGCCAACAGCACAUCCUUUUGGACACUUUAAAAUGUGCCAGACUUAAAUAUCAAGGGAUAUGGAUAUGUGUUACCAAAAUGUCUGUUAUAUUGUGGAUCAGACAAUCUUGUUUUUAUGUACAGUGCUUUUACACGGGUACAUCUGAUGUAUCUGCACAAUGGAAGGACCUCCUUCAAUAUCUAUGACACUAAAUUGUUUAAACAUUGUAUGUAUUGUUGCUGUUUUGCAACUUCAAUUUCUGAUGUAGCUGCUUUGUAUUUAUUGAAACACAGUUUGAUUAGACGUGCACCACCACCACUCCACCUCUGGGCUUGUUAAAUAUAAAGGGCAUAAAAAUCUGGAUCGUCUGUUACUCAUGACUCUGCACCAAAGUACACGUUUUUGUUUUAUAUCACAGUCUGCAUAUGUUGAGCACAGGUUGGUAACACAAGGCUCUGCUUUACCAUAUAAUCAAUAUCUGUAGAAAGGGUUGGUACUGUUAGUUAAUAGUUUCAUGAACUCUGACAUUAAUUGGGAAACUCCUCAAAGAUCGUAAUUCAUACAGGUUUAUUUAUAUUAUGUGACUCAGAUCUUGUUCAGUGUUUUUCCUCUCUUAAAUAAAGUUUUAAACAUCUAAA